GGUGUGAAUGGUCACUAUAGGAAGGUGACAGUGUGGGGCAGAAAGGACAGCAUCGUCUACCCGUCACUCGCCUUGCAGCUGGCGGUGGACCACAAUGCAACAAGUUUUGGAAUAUGCAUUGGAUCGAGCCGAGUACAUUGUUGAAAGUGCUCGACAACGGCCAGCCAAAAGAAGAAUCACAUCCGGUGGGAGGAAGAGUCUGUAUCAGAAGCUCUAUGAGCUGUACAUAGAAGAAUGUGAGAAAGAGCCAGAGUUAAAGAAUUUGAGAAGAAAUGUGAAUCUACUGGAGAAGCUGGUAUCUCAGGAGUCUGUAUCAUGUCUGGUGGUCAACCUGUACCCUGGGAAUGAAGGCUAUUCUUUAAUGCUCAGGGGAAAGAAUGGAUCUGAUUCUGAAACAAUCCGUCUGCCAUAUGAAGAGGGUGAACUGCUUGAGUACCUGGAUGCUGAGGAGUUGCCUCCUAUUCUGGUUGAUCUGCUGGAAAAAUCACAGGUGAACAUCUUCCACUGUGGCUGUGUAAUAGUAGAGGUGAGAGACUACAGGCAGUCUGGAAUUACCAAAAUGCCCACCUAUCAGAGCAGACAUGUUCUGUUGAGGCCAACCAUGCAGACUCUGAUCUGUGAUGUCCAUGCCAUGACUAGUGAUCACCACAAGUGGACACAGGAUGACAAAUUACAGCUCGAGAGUCAGUUGAUUUUGGCCACAGCGGAACCUCUUUGUCUAGACCCCUCCAUUUCUGUCACCUGCACAGCAAACCGCCUGCUCUACAACAAACAGAAAAUGAACACUCGCUCUAUGAAACGGUGUUUCAAGAGACACUCUCGAGCCGCACUGAACAGACAGCAGGAGCUGUCCCAUCUGCCUAUGCCACCACAGCUACGACUCUACGACUACCUACAGAGGAGGAAGGAGAGGAAGCCUGCUCCUGACAUAGACCUAAAGAUCUCAAAGAUCGGAAACUGUGUAGACAUGUGGAAGCAGAACAACUGCCAACUAACUGUACCGAAGGACAUUGAUGUGGAGAAGUAUGCUGUGGUUGAGAAAUCUUUGCAACUGGAGGACUCGCAACCCAAUACUGUGAUCUGGCCCGCUGAGGAAGUUAUAGACGACUACACGUUUGAGUGCGAGGUGGGCGGUCAAGCUCAGAGGACCAAGGUGUCUAUCUUCCAGUCGAUGGGAGAUCCACUGGUGUAUGGGAAAAUCUACUGUGCUAAAGAACCAAAAGCAGAGGAGGACAGCACAGACCUUAAGCUCAUACAUCCACCCUUUCUUAUAGGCUCAAAGAUAGACGCAGACCGGUUUCUUAAUCAGUACAAAGGAGUGUACGAAAGGGAUGUAAAGUGUCAGGUCAAGAUGUCCCAUAACUCAGGCAGCGUGGUACAGGGGCCUCCCUCCCCCAGCAAAGAUGAGGGCGAUGGUAUUUCUUCUCUAGUCCAGACGUCUCUUUUGGGAAAAGGGGUGAAGCACAGACCUCCUCCCAUCAAACUGCCUUCAGGAUCAGGCAGCAGCUCCUCAGGUAUUCCAUUUAGUUCACAAACCACCAGUGGUCUGCUCAAGUGUCCUACGCCCCCUCCAGCCAAAAGCCAGUCUCUGAACAGGAAGCACUCAUUGGAGCUGGGCCAGGUGGGCCUGCUGUCGCCUUCCUCGCUCUCUCCCAUGGGCCCCACGCAGAGAUCAGGAACCCCGAAGCCAUCUACCCCCACACCCACCAACACACCGUGCUCCACCCCGCACCCCUCCGACUCCCUCAUUGCUCCCCUCUCGGUGACCCCCACGCCGUCUGACCCUCCCAUGGUUCAGAACCAGUCGCAGCCCGCUCUCCUCACGCCUUUCGCUCAGCAGCAACUGGCUCUAAGCCAGCCACUGCCGGUCAUGACCAUUCCCCUGCCCACCAUGGGUACGUCCAUCACCACAGGAACCACCUCAUCACAGGUCCUGGCCAACCCUGCUGGGCUGAAUUUCAUCAACGUGGUCAGCUCCGUCUGCAGUCCUCAGACCCUAAUGAGUGGCUCUAACGCCAUGUUGGGUCCAGGCCUUAACCUGAGUGGAAUUCUGCCACCUGGAGGGCUGAUGCCCACCAUGCAGUCCGCGGCGCAGACUGGGAGUCAUUUUGGCCUGAACAGCAGCGCUGGGUUGAGACCACUGAACCUACUGCAGAUCCCCGCUGGUCCUCUCAUCUUCAACUCCCUGCAGCAGCAGCAGCUGUCCCAGUUCUCCCCACAGCAGAGUCAGUCAGCCACUUCCAGUCCCCAACAGCAAGGGGAGACGGGUGACCAGGGGUCCGAUCAAAGUUUAGGAAACCAGCAAACAGCGGUCAUUAACCUGGGAGUCGGAGGCUUCAUGUCUCCACAGGCAGCAGUGCUGUCCCAGUUGGGCUGUGGGCUGGACGGGUCUGGGCCCCCGCUGCCUUCUCCAAGGCUUCAGCAGCAGCACCAGCCACAGAUCCAAUUGCAAUUCUUGCAGCACCAAAUGCAGCAGCAGCAGCAAAUGGCUAUGGGAGCGGCGGCUCCACAGGGGGCAGUGCCACGGCAACAUAUCGCCAGCCAGCCAAGAAGUAAGAGGAAGAGGAGCACGCCACAGCCCCUCCCUAAGUCAUGACAGACUGAUAUCACACUAAAAGCCGACCCCCCCCACCCCCAGCUACACACGGUCAUGAAUGAUCCAUACUGUGCUCUUUGUCUGCCUCACUGUGGAGACGACAGACGAAAAAACAAAAAAAAAACGGACUUUUUCUGCCAUUUGUUUGUCUUUUUCUAGCUGACAAAUUUGUAUGUAAUGGUUGUCAGAGGUUUUGGAGAACCAAAACUGUGUCCACCAUAGAGGAAGUGGAGGUUUUUAUACAACAUGG